AUGGGGCCCCGGCUCCGGCUCAAGCCCCCCGUACACCGCCUGGACGGCCCCACGGGGGGCCUGGUGCUGGUGGCUAAGACACGGGCCGCGCUGCGCCUGGCCAGCGCCGCCUUUGCGGCGCGGGAGGUGCGCAAGCGCUACCGCGCCGUGGUCUGGGGCCGGCUGGCAGCAGGCGGCGUCGUGGACAUCCCGCUGGACGGCAAGCCCGCCAGCACGGGCUACUCGCCGCUGCGCUGGCAUCCCAUGGAGCCGAGCGGGGGGCGUGAUGCGGGGGUCGGGACAGGGGAGCGCGGUGCCGGGUCCUUGGAAGGGAACCGCUGGACAGGCACCCGUGGCGCAGCCCCUGGAUCAGCACUGGCGGUGACCGUGCUGGAUCUGGCGCCCGUCACGGGGCGCACGCACCAGCUGCGGCGCCACCUGGCGCUGAUGGGGCACCCCAUCGUGGGGGACCCAAAGUACACCAGCGGGUACGCCGCGCAGCGGGCGCUGGCGCUGGGGGACCCCGCCGCGGAGGAGGGCUGGCGGGCGGGCGGCGGCCAGACGGUGGCUCCGGGGGCCAUCGCGGGGGCGACGCCCCACCUGCCAACAGGCCUGCACCUCUGGUCGGUGGGGCUGGGCCUGCGGCACCCCAUCACGAGCGAGCCGCUGACCCUGCAGCUGGACGAGCCGCCGGAGGUAGCGGCGCUGCUGGAGGCCCUGCAGCGCAUGCACGAACGAUGGCGACUGCUGCAUGGAAUUUGA